AUGGAGGAGACGGAUUUGUAAACUGUAUGUUUCAGAUCCUUAAAAGCAAAUAAAAUAAGUUGCUAACAGUUCUGGACUUUAAAUGCUAAGUAAGGAGGAAAGAAAUCCGUUCUUAGCUAAAUCUAUUGUAAUAAUUUAUGCUUUAAAAUAUCUUAGGGCACUGGCUAAUUGAUCAAACACUGCUAUGAUACUUGGCAAAUUAAGAGGUAUAUAUUAGGUUCAGGUGGUUCAGCUUUUGUUGAUGGGGGUUACGGGGCUAUGAUUGGAUUAGGAUUGUAUUAAUUAAAGGACUAAAAUUAAUUGAAAACUAUCAACUAUCAUAACAUUGUAGAUGUCCUAGAAAACACUAUUUACAAUAAUGAUCAAUAUUAAAAAGGAUUGAAAGAUUUGGAAUUUAUAUUGCCGUGUGAUGUUUAAAAUCCAAUGGUUGGACCUAAUGGUGCGGCCUUUAUAUUUGGACCUUAAAAGGGAGCUUAAUAGGGUGAUUUAGAAAAGUUAGACUAAAAUAUGAUAUCAACCAUCGAAUUCUAUCUACGUUCAAGAUUUGGAAAUAAUUAUUCUCAGGAAUAUCUUUAAACCAUAGCAGAUACACCAGGAACAGGAGCAGCUGGUGGAUUAGUGGCAUGCUUACUGGCCAAUUUUUCUGAUGUUAAAGUAAUAAGUGGCAUGGAUUAUAUAAGUUAACUCAUAAACUUAGAACAAUAGAUACAAGAUUCUUCAGUUAUAUUUUCAGGUGAGGGAUCAUUUGACAGUCAAACUUUAGAAGGAAAAGUAGUUUGUAAAAUACAUGAGCUUUGCAAGAAACAUUCCAAGCCAUUAGUUAUUGUUUGUGGGAUAAAUAAGCUCAAUCAGUAGGAAUAAGAAAGUAUAUAAAGAGAAAAUGAAAAUAUGUCUAUUUUUGACCUUGUAACUAAUUUUGGCAUCGAUAGAUCAAUGAAAGAUACAGCUAAUUGCUUGAGCGAAUUGGUAGAGGGAAAAAUUAUUGAUCAUAUAAAAAAAUAUAUUGUCUGA